AUGGCCGACCUCCCCAAAUACCCCGAAGCUGCAUUUUCAACACCUCCACCCGCAGAACCCUCGACCUCGACCUCAAUCCCAUCCCCCUCCCCUCCUAGACAGUCAGUGAAAGCCAAACCUAAACCCCCCAAGCGCAAAUGGCACAAGCACAAGCACAAGGCCCUGCAGUUCCUCCUCGCCCUGCUCGUCGUCGCGGCCCUCGGCGCCCUAGGAUACGCGCCGUACCUGUGGAUCAGCAAGUCGCUGCGCUGCAUUGAUGCCAUCGCCGCUGGGCGGCAGACGCUGCGGCAGUGCGGGUUCCAUGUGGGGUGUUGGUUAUUUUUGUGUUUUUGA